UUACGUUUGGUGUUGAUUCACUACUAGCUGUUUACAGUUCUGACCUGUAGUUUCAUGAGACUAGUUUUGUUGUAGAUCUACAGCGUGUACAGAGCUGAUCUACGUGCACGUUGCUAUUUGAAAAAGUGGUUUAGCAGACCCUCUGUCAGCACCAGAUAUUUCGAAAUGGACGUAUCGGAGAGAACACCGCGCAAAAGUGAGAGUGACCGUCCCCGCCUUCAGGAGCGCGGCGUUGCAGGGCUGAGAAAUUUAUUGUCGAAGAACGCUAAUCGCCCCAAGAAACAAGCGUCAGAUGAUAAUGAAACAGAAGAUAUCCUCCAGAAAAUGGCAAAGAAGAACGCAGAGAUUCAACGGAAAUUCGAUAUCGCUCAACGAGAUCGUGAAGAAGCUGCUGCGGUGGGUGCCUCAUUCCGUUCUUCCCAAUGUAGCACGCAGGCCUCCAGACUCAACGGUUCUUACGGCGCUAUGUGUGCGCAAAGUCAGAACAAGCCCGAAACACAUUUAUCUGAGCAAAAUUCUGCCAGUGUGAAGCACGCCAGAAUAAUGUCCCCGCCAUCCAGUCAAAUAUCUGGUAUGUCCUGUAGACGAAUCCAGUCUGCCGGGAGCGCUUGUGGUCCUCUUCCGCCAAAAGGACGAGCCAGGAUCCGACCACAGUCUUCCCACAUGGCUGUCGUUGGUAAUGUCGGAGCAUCAACUGGGUCACAGGCAUCAAGUCAAACUUCUACCAUAUCCUCGAUACAACUCCAGUCUGCGGGGAAUGCUCCUUGUCGUCUCCCGUCAAAAGGACGCGGAAGAGUCCGAGCACAGCCUCCAAGCAUGGCUGGUGCUGGAAAUGUUAGAGCAUCAACAGGGCCGCAUACUACCGCACAUGGACGGAUGACGUUGACUCCCACUGAACAACCUGGACACAAGCAGACGGAGAGGGAUAGUGAUAGUGAUUCGUUGCAGACUGCGUCGUUUCCAAAGAUAGAGUCGCCGUCCCUCCAGGCCAGAAAGAAGCCUGAAUCCAAUCGCUUUGCAGGGCUUCGGGGUGCGCUACUCGGCCUGGUAACUGAGAUACACGCGAAGAACGAAACAUUGAAAGAGGAUCAGUCCACACUGUUUUCUGGACAUGUGCAAGUGGUGAGUAAGCCGAACAGGACUCCCACCGAACAACCGGGGCACAAUCAAAGCGGAAGUACAGAUGUGUCCGGCCAGCCGCAAUCAGUAUAAUACACUAAGCAGUGAUGUUAUAAUUUCUCGCCGGCCGAGCGGAGAGAGUGAGGCGAGAAAUGAUUUCUCCCGCAACAAAAUUAUUUUUCUUUCGAAUAUGGAAUCUGAUGUGUUCUCUUUUUGUUGCUGUUCUUUUUGCCUGACUCUUUCAGUCAGUGUUUUGUGUCUCACCAGUGUCUCCACCCUCCCACCCUUCAUGUCUGCCCAUCUUCUUCCAUUUCUUUCUUGGCUGUAGAUAUGUUGUUCCUGUUUUUAUGCUGCCAUGUUGCAACUUGGGGAUAUCCACCCGGUUUUUUCCCUCAUUCGUACGUCCGUCGGCGCGAGGGUUUUUUCCCGGCUGGCUCGGUCCAGAGAAAUUAAUCUGACGGUCCCAAGCGGUGCUUGUCCUGGCUUAUUUAUGUUAGGUGAAUGUACUCAUUCUUUCUUCCUGAGGUCUCUCCAUCUGUUGCUGCUCUUAGUUUUCU